AUGCCAAGAAAGGCAGUCAAGUUGUUCGCUAUCAAUCAUGGCAGUGUUCUCGGAAAAGUACACCGGGGGAUUGCAACGGGUGCCGACAUAUACGAUGAAAUCUUUUGGCUUGACUUCCGAUGGCACAUGAUACUCCCAACUGUGCUACUGUUGUUAGUGGCCGCAAAUUGCUACCGUCUUUCACAAAAAGAGAAUGAACUCUUGCAGAAAAGCUGCGGUGUGGCCAAGUUGGAUGCAGAUUUGGAAUUUGCACUGGAUCCCUAA